GGCGCACCCUGUCCACCCACCUUCUGCCAUUGACACCGCUCGCUGCCGCUUUCCGGCCAGAUCGAAACAAUGGGUUUCUGGGACACCAUAACCGACCUCGUUGAGGCUGCCACCCCCUGGGCGACGGCCGACGCCGAGGCCCCUGCGAAGGAGCUGCCCGAGGAGACUACCGCCGAGACUACCCAAGAAAAGAGCGCCGAGGCCGAGACUACCGCCGCCGAGGAGCCCGCUGCCGCCGAGGAGCCGGCCGCUGAGGAAGAGCAGGAGGAGGAGUCGGCGGAGGAAGAGGAGGAAGAGGAGGAGCUUGUUGACCCCAAGGAGAAGCUCGAGGAAGAGUGCCGGAACUCCAAGCAGUGCUCUCCCGCCAAGCAUCACUUUGAUGAGUGCGUUGAGCGCGUCACCAAGGCCCAGGCUGAGGGCAAUGCCAAGGAGGACUGCGUCGAGGAGUUUUUCCAUCUUGCUCACUGCGCGACCGAGUGCGCCGCUCCCAAGCUCUGGUCCAUCCUCAAAUAAACCAAUCACGGCUCCACGAUGUGCCCAUCUCUCGGUCGACGAUGACUGGAGCCAACGUGUUCCCCGGGUACACUUGAAAUGCAUUUUCUCAUUACACUCAUGGCUCCUAUAGAAGGGGGAAGGUUCCUAUAGAGGUACUCGACAGGGGAAAGUUGGCUGGCUUGGUCGUUUGUGGACGAGACAGGACCGCAUAUACACAUCGUGAGGCAGAAACGCUCUACAGGGCGGUGGGGGUUAAGCAACCUGUAUAAUCGAUUGCGUCCAGGACUGUCGACGGCUGUCACCAGCCUGGGCUUGCUUGUGUAUCAUAGCCCUCCCACCAUCGACAUUUAUUAACGACUCGAGAAAGGAAUAACCGGAAAACUUUUUUUUU